AUGACGGAGCUUUCACCACUUAAACUUUUUUUCACUGCUCACGCGCCCGUCUCAUGACUACAACAGCUCAUAAUCUUCCGUCAGGAAUAAGGAAGUUCUCUCGCCACUUCAGUCAAAGUAGGGUAGUUCAGAGAUUUUCAGCCGUGAGGGAGCGAAAGAAAGUUUAUGGGAAGUUGACGUUUUCACAACAGAUAGAGGCACGAUGAAGUGUCUCCUGAUCAGCAGCGAGAACGCGGAGGUUCUAUUUUACUGGACCGACGCCGAGUUCCAGCAGCGCGUGCAGGAGCAGUACGGCUCGGCUCGCGAGGAUGGCGAGAAUUCUACAGAGGCACGCGCUGGCAUUGACCAUCCUGUGCCAGCAUUCGAGGACAGCAUAAACACACUUUUCGCUCCCAUCAUAAUAUCCUGCAUCACGCUGGUGGACAGACUGGGGGACAGCUACACGUCCUUCACCACUGAGGACACGCACACUUACGUGCUGCAUCAGUUUGAAGAGUGCCUGUACAUAGCAGUGAAUGGCGAUGGCGAGGAGGACGAGGAUGAUCUGAGGAGGAAGAUCUACGUGAUGAAGAAACUCACAGACGUGCUCUUUGGGAUGGUGACGCUCAGCAGCGACCUCCUCAAGAAAGAGCUGCGUCCACAGGACUCUGAGCACAGGAGAUCUCUCUGGCGCCACCUGCAGGGUCUGUUGGAGAACUACACCCGACUCAGACAGCAGGACCAGAGCUUCUUGGUGGAAGCGGUGGAGCGUCUCAUCCACCCUACUCUGUGCGAGCAGUGCAUCGAGUUUCUGGAGCGCAGGCUGGUGGCUCAGCUGAACAGCAGCACGGAGAGGAUGGGUGAGGAAGUGCAGCACGCGUUCAUACUGGUGCACACCAAACUGCUGGCCUUCUACUCGAGUCGCAACGCCAGCACGCUGAACUCCUCCGACCUUCUGACGCUCAUGGGCAUGGUGCUGCACAUGCACCCCAGCAGCCCGGACCUAGAGGAAUCGAGCCCUGAGGACGUUGUUCAUCAUGACACGACCACUGGUUCGGAGAUGUUUUACACGCCCGAAGCCUCACCCACACGCCACAAGACAGAGGUGGAGGAUGACAUCAGCAGCAGCAGACUGGAGCCGUCUGACUCAUCACCAGACUCACCCCCCAUGUUCCAGUUCGUGGACCCGGAUGAUAUCCAGAUGGCGGAGGACAGCCUCCAAGCGCUGCAGCAGGCAGCUGGCGGCGGUGGCGGCAGUCGCCCUCCCGACCCGUGCCAGCCAAUCCGAGUGUUCCUGGAGAGCACGCUCAAAGAGGGCGUGUAUCCCAUGAUGCCGCACUCCAUGUACACGCUCCCGCUGUGGCCCGGCAUCACGCUGGUGCUGCUCACCAAGAUCCCCAACGGCCACGUGGCCAUGUCCAUCUACCACUUCCUGGAGAUGGUUGCCAAGCUGGAGAAGAGGCUGAGGGAGGGGCCAGACGGGGCGUGGCUCAGCAGAGGCCACACCCCCAUCCAGGAGCUGCGCGGCAAGAUGGACAAGUUCAUACGGUCGCUCGGUGGCGGCACCACACAUAUACAGACGGCCCAGUUGCAGAGGGUGUGGACAGAGUUCAAGACCAGAGCGCUCAGCCGAGGGGGACUCAACAGAGAUCUGAUCGCUGACUGCAGGAGGCUGCGUACGGCGCUGUGCAUGAUCUUCAAGCAGUGUUUCUUUCUCCCCGACGGCAGCAGCAGCAGCCCAGAGGCGCUCAUGCACACGCCCAGGCUCUCACCCUCGCUACAGGAGCGGGCACGCAGCAUGGUGCAGGAGAAGCUUCUCGACUGGAAGGACUUCCUGCUGGUGAAGAGCAAGCGAAACAUCACCAUGGUGUCCUACCUGGAGGAGUUCCCAGGCCUGGUUCACUUCAUCUACGUGGACCGAGCGGCCGGCCAGAUGAUCGCUCCGUCCCUCAACACCAGCGAGCCGCGCUCCACCAGCUCUGAACUGGGCAAGGGGCCGCUGGCACACUUCAUCAAGAGCAAGGUGUGGGGGUUGGUUGGCACGGCGCGUCGCUACCUGCAGAAGGGCUACACCACGCUCACGCAGCGCGACGGGGACUACUACUUCUGCUACUUCCUGUGGUUCGAGAACGAGACGGGCUACAAGCUAGACGUGGUGGACAUCCCCGCGCUGCCCGACGACUCGGCCCCCAUCGGGAUGCUGGCCUGGGACUACUACAGGAAACUGCUGCGGUACUACAGCAAGAGCCACUCCAGCGAGGUGGUGAAGUGCUACGAGCUGCUCACCGUGCACCUGGGCGUUAUUCCCACUGAGUACAUACUGCAACACUGCAGCCAACUGGCACGCAAGCUGUGGGAGCCCUCACGUAUACCACUGCUGUGAUACAGACAGAGAGAGAGACACACACACACACACACAGAGUACAUACUACAGCACUGCAGCCAACUAACACGCAAGCUGUGGGAGCCGUAACACAUACCACUACUG